UUUCUCGAGUUGCUGACGAAGAAGAUUGAAGAUUUCAGAGAUUUCCAAGAGAGAUAUCGUGAGAUAUCGUCACGAAAGGCGAUAGCAGGAAACAAUAUAUGACAUCGUAUCUUCUCCUCGGGUAAAAAUUAUACGCGCAUCAACAGGAUGAGCCACCACUUAUAAAUAUGUUCAUUCAAAAAUAAAGGACAUCAGUCUCAGAAGGGUGUCGUCCAGCGUGUUUUUGCCCUUCUCAGGUGCAGUAUUCAGAAGAUACUUGCAGACUCGUGUAGCUGCUGGAGUCGCUCGUUUGAGGGACACGAAGCACGGGAACUGUGUCCAUCGCACUUAAUAGCUGCACGUUGUGCACGAACGUUCGUCGAGGUCGAAUGGUCUCUGUCUCAAAGUUGUCAGUUUGUACCGUUUCACGAUGUAAAUCUGCUAAGGUAGUGCUCUAAGUCUUUUUCCUUCGAAUUCGUUCGUUCGAUUCUGUGGGGAAAAAUAACACAUUUCGUGCAGUUUCUCGAGACCCUGUCGUCUUCAGGAUAUAAGUGUCCACGAGUGGCAAAACUUCUGUGAAACUCCAAUUGAAACUCUUCUAUUCUUCAGGUAAAAAUCUUCAAAACGCAUAUCAGCAUAGGAGCAUAGUCGACUACAUCAUCGAUUUGACGAGAGACAUUGAAUAAGACUCUUUCUCGUCCAACAGCACUGGUGCUUCUGUUUAUACCAUCAAGAGAAUUCUGUUGAAUUAUUCUAGGACGGCUAGGGUCUUCAUCUUCACUGUUAGGGAGUAGUUCUAGGAAGUAGUACAAUGUCCUCCGACUUCGACUGGGACUUCGACUCCGAUUCGGAGGACUCGCUAUCUGACGAGCCGGCGACCCUAAACGACCCGAAAGAAACGGCGGUCGACCCGAAAGAAACCGUGCCGACAGUUCUGGAUAGAAACAGUACUAGUACUACUGCCAGUGGUGGAGGUGCAGGUGCUGAUCAUGUACUACAGGCUGAAGAUAAGGCUCCCAUUGGUAGAGGUGCUGAUCAUGUACUACAGGAGGACGCUGACAUCAUUCAUCAAUUGAGUUCCGAAGAAGGCGUCAAGUUGAAAUUCACGGUGGCAGUGACUACUCGCUAUCAGACGGUACCAAUCACAGCGAACUUUCCCAUUCCCAGUGGUCGUACUGUCGUCGCUGAAGAUCAUACAGCUCCCAUUCCCAGUGGUAGUACUGUCGUGGCUGAAGAUCCCAGUAGUAGUAGUACUUCUGCGGGUGAAGAUAAGGCUUCCGUCUCGUCUUUAUUGCCCAAUUGUACUGCGGCUGAAGAUAAGGCCUCCUUCUCGUCUUUAUUGGCGGCUUAUGCUGAGUCUUGUCGAUCGCUGCAAUGUAUAGAGGUUGAUGUAACAACACCCAGGAGCAGAGGACGACCUAAAAAAACACCUAGUUGCGGAGUUGCUACCAGGCCGGGAGCUGCUUCUAGUGCUAGUGCUCGAAAUAGUGCCGCUGGAGGAGGGGCACAAAAGGAACAAUCCACAUCCACCAGUGCACCACAAAAGGGAGGUGCGAAGGCUGCAGCGGCUAAGAAAAAAGGAGGAGCUAAGGGUGCAGCAGCUUCAACAUCAACAAAGUGUGACAACUCUCCUUUCCAGUUUGCUCCUCUUCUGUUAAGCCGACAGUAAUACCUUUUUAAUAUCUUACAGGUUGUUCUUCCUUCGUCGUGGUUGUUUUUUGUUAUAGGGUCCACGACUCACUAGAGUUAUCGUUUUAGGUUGAUAGCACGUCGGGCUCGCUUCUUGGGUUAACAUCGUUCUAAUGAAGACGAGAAUGCAGUAUGAAUACUGUUUACGUUGCGCCGCAGGAGGGCAGCCACUUAACCAAAGGCGAUUUGAAGCGACCUCGAUGUCGGACAUCCUGGAUAACGAGCACGUCCAAAUAUACCAGAAAAAAACGGCAAUCAGUACAUCUUUCACAUUAUAGGAACAACUCAAAGGCUUUUCUAAGUCCUCCUACAUGUUGUUGUGUAGUACUAGUUCCUGAUGCUCGAAACUGAUGCUGAUAGAAGAUACUUAUGAUCCAAAACGUGGUUUUCAGGUUCCUCGGAGCUUCGAAGGAAAUUAGCGGAGGGACUUGCGAACUUUCAGGGACAACAGGUGGCGUCAGUGGCCUUCACUGACUUGCAUGGGUGUGUGCCGUGGCAAGGGGAUAACUGGGCCUGUAUCCGGACUCGCAGUAUCGACAUUCUUUCGGUACGUGCCGUUGACAAUCAGCGCCAAAAUACGAUCUCGAGUUGUGUUGAGACGGCAGCUGCGAGUCGAGCUGCAGAUGCUAGAAGCAGAAUAGAGGAAAUGGAAGAAGAAAAUUAAGGGACGUUGUACUGAGUUUCAUUUUGGCGUUGCAGCUGUUUUUCUGCCUCCGUUUGAUCGUUUUGACAUUUUCUUCCUAGUAAGAUGCACAAUGCACGAGGCACAAGCAUAACUAACGCCCAGAUAAGUCGACUUAUUUCUAAGAGUAGAAGCAUCUCUGUGCUGACGCUGACGAGAAGAAAGAGGGGCCACGACUUGGAGAAGACGGCGACGUAAUGGGAGCGACGAUGCGAUGUGAGCAGAAGAAUCACUUAGAGGACUGCGAUCUUGGUGCAGCGGGUCGUGAUAGCGAUGCUGCAAGUCUUAAACCUGUAGAAGGAGUAACUGCACUUGGUACUAAUGAUGCACAACAAGAUGAAGUAAGCCAAUUGCCUGAACCUGAAGAGAAGAUGGCGAUCAGUGAACAAACAAAGAAAGAGGAGGCGGCGGCAAGUAUCUCUUCAGUGAGAAGCUGCGGCCAGAAAGAAGAGAGUCCAGAAGAGACUGGAGGAAAGCAGACCCCUUCACGACCUUCAUCGAAUAGUAAGAUGUUCGUCGCAACAUCCUCAGAUAGAAGCCGGACUCCACGUCGGAAGAUGUUGAUAGCAGCAUCGAAGAAGGCCACGCCGAAGAAGGCAGCAACACCGAAAAAAACAAGAACUCCUGCUGAUCAGAAUAGUGCCUCAGCCACCGUCCAUAGAAGAAAAACGGCUUCUUUACGAGAGAACGGUGGUUCUUCUGGUAAAAAGAGAAAAACAGCUUCAUCACAAGAUGUUGAAAAAGCUGUUGUUGAUGGUGCUGCUCUUGAUCAGGGUGCUGCUGUUGAUCAGAGUGCUUGCAGUACCAGUAAGGACUGCAAAACACCAAAUAAGAGUACAACAAGCAAACAACCUUGUCAGACGGAUACGCCGGCCUCCAAAAAGCAUAAAAGUCCUCCGCACGAGGAGCACAAGGGCAGUCCUCCGAUUCGAUUUUCUCGUCAUCCAGCUUCCAACGCUGGUUCUUCUGUGGCUCCCAACGCUUCUUCUGGGCUGGGAGCAACGCGUGGCCUUAAAAACAAAGCUAGAACAAAGAUCACAUCUACAACUAGGAAGCCCGCAUCUUCAACAACCAGAAAGGCCACUUCGAUGUCGAAGGGGAAGAAAACGAAGGCAAGGACAGUUUGUCAAACUGCAGGUUUUGAGGCUUUGAGAAGUCGGAUUCGAGCAAAAUUAUGAUCUCAAACGUUUUUUAGUGUCCAUUUGCAUUUCUUUAUACGUCUACUCAGCAUGAUCAAUAAAUCAGAUAUCCACCUUUAUUUGCUCUUGUUUAUAGUACUUACGUUCCAUAGUUGGCGUCCUUGGUGUUGGAAGAGCGAAAGGGGGACCUUCUUAGUUUAGGAUGACUAUUUGAGACGCGUUGACGACGAAAGAGAUGAAACAAAAGGUAGUACUGAAUCAAAUGAUAAGAUCGGCAUUGAGAAGAUGGAGUCAAAAGCACACUCUAACAAGAGAAGCAGCAGCUAGAGGAGCAUGAAGUAUGAGUUGGAGAUUGAGCAGGCUUCCAUAGAAGAGGCUUCCAUUUAGAAGACUGAGGUGGGAGGCUUCCAUAGAAAACUGAGGUGGUAGUCUCCACGUUUGAAAGAGCUCAGAGCCAUCUUCGGACAAGUCUAAGGAGACGAAAAAUUUUAGCGGCGUUUUGGAGAUCGAUCCAUCAGCUUAGGGCUUAGGGAGAUCCAUUUUGAGUAGACUAUACUAGACUAUACCAAUCGGGUUCGGGACUAUGCUAGAAGACCUGGGUAGACACUCACAAACGUGUUUAAACGUAGAUGUCACAGAGUACUAUGUUGAAACCUAGCAGAAGUGUUGUGUUUGAGAGGCUCGUUCUUGGCGGGUUGAUGCAAGCCACAAAGGGGGUGGGUGAAAGUUGGAAAGCCAGAAGGGGAUGGGUGACAGUGUGUGAGGGCUAAAAUGAUGUGGGUUGUCACCUCAACAUUUAGGGUAGAAUUCGUUCAGUACUCCUAUAAGUUUAGAUAGAAGUGAUUGUGCUGUUCUUCUAUGGCUUUUAGGAUGGAAUCCUAGGAUGUGCUAUUCCAGGGUACGGUUGAAAGCUUCUUGGGGAACAAAUUUAGUACAGAUAGUUAGAGUUGCAGACGAAUGACUUCUUUUUCAUAACUUUCACAACGUAGACAGACUGACGUAGCCGAUCUCUUUUCCUAGUAGUACUCGAGUCGCCCUCUGGUGACCGGAGGUCCCCGAAGAUCGAGAUAAGCGUUCUCAUCUUCCUCGCUGAUCGCCCAUGACAAUAUUGGUUUAUACAACUCUUUCAAUCUUCUUCACAACCCCCGAAUGUUAUAUUGGAUGUCGUGUUGUGCGAGGUGCCCAGAGGACUCUUCCAUGACGUAGAAUGUUAGCCAACAGGAGAUGACGUCUAUCCUGCUAUUCUUCUUCUAGCCUGAAGAGCGAGAGACGUCUCAAUGAAACCCUUUGAGUAUCGUUCUCCUUCGUCGUUAUUUUUUGUCCAUGAUCAUCAUCCACCUAGAAGAUAAGGUCAUUACUUUCAGUAGCAAGUAUGAAGAUUUGUUGAAAAACUCUAACUCUUUUACUGCGCAGCAUUCACCGGACGGCACAGGCUUAUCCUGUCGGGAGUGAGUUCGUUCCUACGCUAUCCCAACAUAUAACUCGCCAAUCCCACGUAUACCUUCAGAUAGACUUUUGUAGUAAAAACACGCUCCUUCUAUCCUAAUCCUAAUACAGACACAGUCCUAUGGCCCUGAUGGACGACCAGGAGAAAAUCUUGAAUCACAGAAAAUCUUGAAUCACAUCAUGAAUGCGACCCCGUGGGAUCCCUCCACGUGACGUUUUUUCUUUCUUAUAUCACAACCUACUCACGAUCACGCAGUACAUCAGCGC